AUGGCUGGUGAUACGGUUCAUCACAGCGGGGAACUGCGGCCACAUCCCUGGCAUCCGCUGCCUAAAGCCAUCUUGCCGCAUCCGUUUACCAUGAGCACCAGUUCAGUAUGCCCGGGUGAGCUGUUUGAAGGAGUUCUGCGCGAUAGGAAGGAUAGCCCGUUUUAUCUUCCCGCCAGUGGGCCGCAUGUACACUACGAUAUUCCCACUAUGAUCGAGUCAAUCGAGAAGCUACAAGAGGCGGAUGCGCACGACGAUAUUCUUUUCGUUGCAGCACACGACGACACGCUCUCGGAUAUCGUUGAUUACUUCCCUAAAACGGCGAACGACUUUGUAAAGAAGGGCUGGGUCAAACAAGCACGGUGGAGGUUUCUUAGAGAUUUUGCAAAAGCUGCGGGAUAUACAGGUAAGAUUGUUGCCGAAACAGACUACUCACCGGCAGCGGAAAACGUAUAAGUACAGGGAAGGAAUCUGAUAAAUAGGAUGUGGAAUACAACAAUUUCUUUAAGCCAGAGAUGCUUCAAAGAUUUGCAGAAAAAUAACUUGAGUGAUGACUCGGAUCUCUAUGCUACAUUAACGAUACAAACCUGUACAUGUUCGCUGUACAAUGCCGCUUAACUAACUGUAAAGCUGGGCGCGAGGAAU